GUUUCGAAAGGACACCCCGCCCGUAGCAGACGACCAGGGCGACCUCCAAUACCACUUUUUUUCCCCUUCCCCGUCGCUCGCGUCUUUCAUCGAUCGCCAAGAUGCCGGCAGUCUGUGAACCGUACAACGCAGUCACACCGCUUCUACUGGCGAAUCCACUUACACAUGGCCGGCAGCGAUGAGGGCGCCUGAAGGAAGACGGCGGGGCUCAUCCGUGAGCCGCGGCCCAUGCCGUCGUCCAGCGCGUCGUCGCAGGCUUUGCCCCUUCUCCAGCCCGGAGAGGACGAAGAGUUCGAACCCAGCGCCGAUGGGGCCGCCGACGAGGACCCCGGCUCGGGCCACUCGUGGGCACUCUACAAGGGACUCGCCUUUUCGUCCCUGUCGAGCCUCUUCUUCUCGCUCUGCACCGUCAUCGUCAAGAGGCUCAGGUACCUGCACGCCGGCGAGCUGGCCAUGGUGCGCUUCCUGGGCAUCCUCGUGUUCACGUCCCCACUGGUGGUGGCCAGCCGGCAGCCCCCGCUGGGGCCCCCCGGCGUGAGGAAGCUGCUGAUUCUACGCGGACUGCUGGGAGCCACCAGUCUCUUUCUCCGCUUCUACGCCAUCCACUACAUGCCUAUCGCCGACGCGUCCGUCAUCAUCUUCAGCGUGCCGGUCUUCGUGUCGGCGCUCGCCAAGGUCUUCCUCAAGGAACCCUGUGGCCUGUUCCACGUGGCCGCCGUGCUCGUCACACUGGUCGGCCUGGGGCUCAUUACCAAGCCGCCCGUGCUAUUCAGCGGCAGCGCCGACUUCGAGCUGCGAGGCGUACUGGCCGCCCUGUCUUCCACGGUCUUCGGCGCCAGCGUCUACAUCGUGGUGCGCAAAGUCAAAGGCGUCCACCACUCGGUCAUCAUGUUCAACUUCGGCUGGGUCGCCAUCCUCGAGACCACCGCCAUCACGCUCGCCGUGGCCAAACUCGAGCCGCCAGAGUGCGGGCUCGACCGCUGGCUGCUCGUGCUGCUGGCCGUGUUCAGCUUCGCCGGACAGAUCCUGCUCACCAGGGCUCUUCAGCUGGAGCAGGCCGGGCCCGUGUCCGUGGUCCGGGCGGCCGCGGACAUCGUGUUCGUCUUCAUCUGGCAGGUCAUCUUCUUCGGCGAGGUGCCGGACCGGUACACCAUGUCGGGCGCGCUUCUGGUCACAACAUGCGUGCUGCUCACGGGACUGCGCAAAUGGGUGUUGUCGCUGCCCGCCAGCUCGGCGGCGAGGACGAGGCUCGGCUGGCUCGCGCUCUGACCCCGGGAGUGCUCCCGCGGGGAGGCGCCAACGAUGCUCGUUCGCCGGGCGACGUCACGUGGGCUGCGCGAUGGACGGAUCGGGGCAGUUUGCGAUGGGGGCCGUAGAACGUGCGCGUCGUUCUCUGGCGGAGCGGGAAAUGUCUGUCCUAGUCAACAACUCACAUAUCGUGUGAAGCUUGAGCCGGUUACGUUGUAUAGCUGUGAUAAUAUAAGGAUUAUUAUCUCCCCGUUUGCGCAGGUGAUGAACAAAAUAAAAAAGGAUGGAGGGUCAGUGCUUGUUGCAACUGAUGUUGUAUCUUUUUACUUUUUUCGUUGACUGAAUUACACAAAGUUGGAGGCAAAGUUGUGUACAUGUUUAGACAACGGGAACUUAGUCUACCCCUAGGUGCUCAUCUGCUGUAUAGGAGACAUUUGAUCAGGAUAGUACAACUGCUAGCCUAGGGUUCAGGAAAUACCCAAAGUAGAAAAGACAGCAGCUAAAUAAAGAGGUUAUUCUCAUCUUGACUUCUGCACA